AUGUCUCUCAAAUUCUGCACUGUUUGUGCCUCGAAUAACAACAGAUCAAUGGAGGCCCACAAGGUGCUGAAGGACGCCGGAUAUACGGUGAGAUCGUACGGGACUGGAACCUCUGUGAGACUGCCAGGCCCCACGAUUGACCAGCCCAAUGUGUUUGAAUUCGGCACGCCGUACACAAAAAUCCUUGAAAAGCUCAACACACAGGACUUGAAAAUACACAAAGCCAACGGAGUGUUGGACAUGACUAAGCGGAACAUUGGCAUCAAAAAGGCCCCUGAAAGAUGGCCAUACUAUAACCAGCCGCCUCAGCGAUUGCCACCUAGCGAGUACCCUGAAUUCGAAAACGAGCUGGAUUUCCAGGUCGUGAUAACUUGCGAGGAAAGGUGCUUUGAUUCGGUGGUAGAAGAUUUUUUCAGCAGGAACUACUUCGAGCCAAGCCAGACGCAACAGCCGGUGCAUUGUUUCAACGUCGAGAUUCGCGACGAGCACAAAAGCGCACUGGCCGGAGCACAGGCCAUUCUGGAUCUUGCGCGAAUGCUGUCGGACGCCCACGCCAAAAGUCUAGAGGAUUUCAGCGCGCCCCCGUUCGAGGACAAAAUCCCAGACAUCAUCACCGAAUGGCAGCAAAACCACCCCGUGACACCUGUUCUGUACGCCUUGUGCUACCAUUAG